UCCACAUCGUCUACGCUACUUAAUCUGAUAUAACUGAUAUACCCAUUCUCACACCGCACUCUCUUUCUUUGACCGUUUUACCUCAACUUAAUCAAUCACAAUGGCUCCCAAGGUUGCUAUCGUCUUCUACUCCAUGUACGGCCACAUCGCCAAGCUGGCCGAGGCUGAGAAGAAGGGUAUCGAAGCCGCAGGCGGCAAGGCCGAUAUCUUCCAGGUUGCCGAAACCCUCUCCGCCGACGUCCUCGGCAAGAUGCACGCCCCCGCCAAGCCCUCCUACCCCGUCGCUGAGCCGGCUGACCUGCUCGAGUACGAUGCCAUCCUCUUCGGCAUCCCCACCCGCUUCGGCAACUUCCCCGCCCAGUGGAAGGCCUUCUGGGACAAGACCGGCGGCAUCUGGGCCUCCGGCGGCUACUGGGGCAAGUAUGCCGGUCUGUUCAUCUCCACGGGUACCCUGGGUGGUGGUCAGGAGUCGACCGCCAUUGCUACCAUGAGCACUCUCGCUCACCACGGUUUCAACUUCGUUCCUCUCGGCUACAAGACUGCCUUCGGGCUCUUGGCGAACCUGGAAGAGAUCCACGGUGGUAGCCCUUGGGGUGCUGGUACUUUUGCUGGCGCCGAUGGUUCCCGCCAGCCCACCGCGCUCGAGCUCGAGCUUGCCGAGAACCAGGGCAAGUCGUUCUACGAGCGCGUCGCUAAGGUCAACUUCGCUUGACUACAUGGCGGAGCCGAGUCACAGAAGCAGGAGCCUCAGUCGCAGUCGCAACCAAGGUCUACACCUGCACAGACUGGGACAGGUACUCAGAGUGCAGCGAAUGGGAACAGCAAGGAGUGUAAAGAAGGGCCCUGUGGAUUACCUGCAAAGUGCAAUCUAAUGUAAUUUUUUUUUUUUCUUUUUGAUUUUCCGGAUCAAAAUUAUAUACCUAGAUAACACUGAAUGGAGUUAUGAUCAUUGACGCACA